AUGUCUUUGGGGAAACGUAUUUCCGGCGCGGUUGCGGUUCUCCGCGGUACCUCGACGGAGGCGAAGGAGCCCGGCGGCCACACGUCGUGCGUAGAGGAGAUCGAGAAGAUGACGUCCGAGGAAGAGGUCGAGGCCGAACCGCAGCACAAAGUGACGGCGCUCGACAGGUUACACAUGGUAAUAGAAUGGAUGGGAAGUAACAUGCUACUGGCACUGACCAUCGCUGGAGUUUUGCUGGGUCUGGUUCUGGGGUUUCUGGGUCGAUUGGCGGAUCUCACACCGCAAUCUAUAACCCUCGUCAGCUUCCCGGGAGAGCUUCUUAUGCGGAUGCUGAAGAUGUUUAUCCUGCCACUCAUCAUCUCGUCGUUAAUUUCCGGAAUGGCACAGCUGGAUGUCCAAAGAUCAGGAAGGAUAGGGAUCAGAGCAUUAACGUACUACUCGAUAACGACGAUUCUCGCCGCUAUCGUGGGCAUCGCGAUGGUGCUGAUGAUCCAUCCGGGUGACCCGCGAAUCAAAACCGCGGUCGCGGCGGUGGUGAAGGCCGAGGAGACGAAGGUCUCCACUGUAGACGCGAUCCUCGACAUAAUUCGAAACAUGGUGCCGGAGAACCUAGUGCAAGCGUGCUUCCAGCAGGUUCAAACGUCCUACAUGAAGAAAAAGGUGGUCGUAAUCAGCGGCGGCGUUAAUCAAACCGAGUACAUAAUGGAGCCGACCUUGGUUUACAAGGACGGUACGAACGUGAUGGGCAUGAUCGUGUUUUGCAUCAUCUUCGGCGUGCUCGCGGGCCAGAUAGGGCCACGCGGCAAACUGAUGGUGGACUUUUUCGUGGUGCUGAACGACAUUAUCAUGAAACUCGUCACAAUCGUCGUCGUCUGGUAUUCUCCGUUCGGAAUUAUGUGCCUGAUAGCUGGAAAAAUCAUGUCAAUCACGAAUUUGGCGGCAACCGCCCAGAUGUUAGGUCUGUACAUGGUGACAGUUAUACUAGGCUUGAUGAUCCACGCGAUCAUUACGCUGCCACUGAUUUAUUGGUUUAUAACCCGAAAGAAUCCAGCGGUGUUCUUUAGAGGCAUGAUGCAAGCCUGGAUAACAGCGCUGGGAACCGCUUCAAGUGCAGCGACCUUGCCUCUGACUUUCCGCUGUCUCGAAGAAAAUAACAAGAUCGAUCCACGAGUGACACGUUUUGUUGUGGCGGUCGGUGCAACUGUAAAUAUGGAUGGCACAGCUCUUUACGAAGCCGUAGCCGCGAUCUUCAUCGCACAAUUGAAUGGAAUCUCAUUGGGAUUCGUUGAAGUCAUUACUGUCAGUCUUACAGCUACUUUGGCAAGCAUUGGAGCUGCAAGCAUUCCUAGCGCAGCCCUGGUCACUAUGCUGUUGGUGCUGACUGCCUUGGGUCUCCCCACAAACGACGUCUCCCUGUUAUUCGCUAUCGAUUGGAUGUUGGAUCGGAUCAGAACUUCAAUCAACGUUUUGGGCGACGGUUACGGGGCUGGUAUAGUUUAUCACUUAAGUAAAGCGGAGCUCGAUAAGAUGGAUGAGGAAAGGAAACUAGAGAUUUUGGAAACCGGAAGACCACUCGAGAUCGCUACCGAGGUUCGUCGAGAGGAAACCGGGGCGCAUGAACAAACUUCAGAGACAAAAAUGUGAGGACCUGUUCUCAGUGAAGUCGUAAUGUUGUUUCGCCGAAAGGGAAUUUUAUCCGUCAGUUCGCAAGAACUACUACUCGUCCGUGUGUUAAAUAUAUAUAAUGCGAUUGACUUUCACUGCCGAAAUCCAGUUUUUCCCGUUAGAUAAAUUUAAUACACAUCCAAAUAAAAGCUAUAUGUACAAUUAUUAAGAACAUUGUAGGUACGAUUUGGAUCUUAUUUAAUAAUAUAUGAAUAUAGGUUUCUGUAGCGAGUGUUAGCUGACGAAUGGAUAAAGGCGUUAAAAACUGAAAUAGAAAAUGUGAGCAUAUCAAGUACAAACUAACGAAGUUAGUUAUUGAAAGUUGUAUAUCGAUUUCUUAUUUUUCCCCCUAGUGCGUGAGACUUUUUUGCUUUAGAGUACCAAAGAAUGAAUACAGACAUAAUCGUGUACAGUAAAAUAAAGAUAUAUGAUGCAAGAAAUAAUUAGAAAUUGCAUCUAGCAAAAAAGUCAUCAAAGUAAUUAAAAUGUUUAUCGAUCGACAAUAUUUAAAAAGGAAAUGUUACGUCACAAAUAAAUUUAAAAGAUGUUUAAAUGAUGGUUAUUAAAAAUGAUAUUAAUUAUUGUUUAAAAUAAUGAUUGAUUAUUUACAAAAUGUUCAUAACCGUUGCAUGUAUAUGUAUAUGUAUAUUAUUGGUUACUAGCAAACUUCAGGAAAUAAUUGUAAUUCAGUGAUUAAUAAUUUAUUAUGCAAA